UACUGAUCCUUUGCAUAUCAUCAACCAACACAAAAGCAAUAUACCAAUACCUUGAUCUUUUCAUACAUAUACAGAAGUUUCAAAAGGUUUCUAACUUUCACAAAAAAAAAGAAACAAGAAAUGGCUUUCCUGAGAAAUCUAUUGGGUGCAAAGAAGAUUCUUGGAGCCGCAACAAGCAAAAGGGCAACCUUGGCCGCACCAAAAGGGUUUCUUGCGGUGUACGUAGGAGAGAGCCAGAAGAAAAGAUAUAUAGUGCCAAUCUCAUACCUGAGCCAGCCUUCCUUUCAAGCUCUACUCAGUAAAUCUGAAGAAGAGUUUGGUUUCGAUCAUCCAAUGGGUCGCUUAACGAUCCCUUGUCCUGAAGAUAUCUUCAUCAACGUUACGUCUAGGCUCCAAUGAUGAUGAUCAAACAUAUUGUUCUUCUAGUUAGAGAUAUACUUUGUUCAUUGUAAAUAGAGAAUAAUAUUUUUUCCUCUCUUUCUUCCC